AACCCUGCGCGCAGACUCCGGAAGGAGCCCCCGCACCGCUGCACGAGGUUCUGGGAGCGAGAGGCGCCGAGUCUGAACCGCCUGAGCGGUGGUCGGCGCGAUGCCCAAGGCCAAGGGGAAGACCCGGAGGCAGAAGUUCGGUUACAGUGUUAACCGGAAGCGUUUGAACCGGACCGCUCGGCGGAAGGCCGCCCCGCGGAUCGAGUGCUCCCACAUCCGACAUGCCUGGGACCACGCCAAGUCCGUGCGGCAGAACCUGGCCGAGAUGGGGCUGGCUAUGGACCCCAACAAGGCGGUGCCCCUGCGCAAGAGAAAGGUCAAGGCCAUGGAGGUGGACGUAGGCGAGAGACGUCAGGAGCUCAUCCGGAAGCCCUAUGUGCUGAGCGACCUGGAGGCAGAAGCCAGCCUCCCGGAGAAGAAGGGAAACACGCUGUCCCGGGACCUCAUAGACUACGUCCGCUACAUGGUGGAGAGCCACGGGGAGGACUACAAGGCUAUGGCCCGGGACGAGAAGAAUUACUACCAAGACACCCCGAAGCAGAUCCGGAAUAAGAUCAACGUCUAUAAGCGCUUUUACCCAGCCGAGUGGGAAGCCUUCGUUCAUUCUUUGCCGAAGAAUGCCAUGGAGGUGGAGUGACUGGUUUGUGCCUGCCCCAGGCUGGCGCCUCCUCCUGGACCCGAGAAGCUGGAACUGGGGCCUAAGGCAAGGAGGGGUGUGUGGCUAGAGACCGGCCAAACCCUGUUCUCGGGGCCAGGCCUGCCUGGUGUGGGCGGCAUGAGGGGGUGACCGCUCCAUAGUGGGGUCCCAGUCAGGUAUGGGUGGGCACUGGCGUUUUGUCCGUCUGCGGGCCGUGAAUAACAGGAAAAUUCCUGUUCCUGUGGCUUCUACAAGCACCUAAAUGUCUCUUCUUGCUGCUCAUUUUUACGUAGAUUAUCUCACAUGAAACCAU